UGUGGGCGGGCGCCCGGGGGCUGGGCGGGAGGCGGCGGUGAGGAGGAGUGCUGAGGAGAGGGGGCGAGGGGCAGUUGGCGGCAGUUAGCGGCUAUGGCCACUGUGGUGAGGAAAAUAAUCAGCACGGCCAAGGCGCCCGCUGCUCUGGGCCCCUACAGCCAAGCAGUGCUGGUAGACCGGACCAUGUAUAUUGCAGGACAGAUUGGUACAGAACCUUCCAGCGGGCAGCUUGUCUCUGGAGGGGCAAAGGAAGAAGCUAAACAGGCCCUAAAAAACAUGGGAGAAAUCCUGAAAGCUGCAGGCUGUGACUACUGCAAUGUUGUGAAGACUACUGUUUUGAUGGCAGACAUGAAAGACUUCAAUGAUAUUAAUGAUAUUUACAGACAAUUUUUCAAAACAAACUUCCCAGCCAGAGCAGCCUAUCAAGUUGCUGCUUUGCCAAAAGGUGCCCGAGUUGAGAUUGAAGCUGUUGCCAUUCAAGGAUCCAUCCAAGAUGCUUCAGCAUGACUAUGAAUAGAGAGUGAAUAUCCUGCAAUAACAAUUUUAGAUUCAGUGCUCCUCCCUUAGGUCCCGUUCCUAUGAUUGACUAUAGCCAGUUCCAUACUGUUGAAAUCACUCAUCUUACCUAGGAAAGGUGUUUGGGGAACCUUGUAUUCUCUAAAAUGCAAGCUUGCAAUUAGUUCUGUGCAGGCAAACCCUGAAGUCUAUGGGAGUCUUGAUGAAAUCAGCUGAGCUUGUUGCUCAAAUCAGGGUAUGUCUGAACUUAUUGCAGGUAGGGGCCUUAUUUUAUGAUUGUGGCUGGAUAUUCAGAUAAUAAAGUACACAUUUUUAGAUGAAUAUAUGACAAUUACACUAGAGGUGAUCUGGACAUGGAAAAUUAUUAUAACUUUUAAUAUUUAGUAGGAUUUAGUAACUAUUUUAGAUAAGAAAAAAUGAUAGAAAUGGGAAAACUGUAGAACGCUUGAACUGCUGAGGAUACAUUUUCACUUCUCUGUUUCGGGGAAUUUUUCUGUAUUUGUUUCUAAGCCUUCUUAAACACUUUCUUUACAGAAUAGAUUAGUUUUGGGACCCACUCACAUUUUGUUCUUGUGGAAGCAAUUACUUAAGAGAGUGAACACUCAUUUCAGAAAGAAGAAAAUUACACUUUUUCUGAAGUAAUGUGCUAACAUUUCUAAAUCAGCUGCAAAUGAAUCUCUCCCUGCAAGCUUUUCCAUAGAAUUCAACUUUCACUAUAGCUUAAUUAAAAAGACAUUUGAAGUUUGAGGGAAAAUAUCCUUUUUAAUGAGAAUAAAUGAUAAUUGCAUCUAUAAAA